UUUUGUCGACGUGGGUGAUCCUCAAACUGUGGCACUGGCUGUCAGUCACUUAAACAACACCAUUUACAAUGGCCCGUCGCCUGGUUGUCAGAAGCUGUGACAGACCAGUGGAGUCAUUGGACCUGGAAUUACCGCCUUUGGAGAAGGUCGACCAAGACUCAUCUAAAGGGACCAAAACCUUGUCUUCCUCCGGAAAAACCAAAGAUGGAAGCCUGAUCAACUAUGCAGUCCCUCUGGAAAUGAGAAGUUUGAUGCUGGUGGAGAUGCUGUCCAGCUGCUUCAAGGCCACGGCGUGGAUUGUUGAGAGUGCGAAGGUCCGUGGGGAGGUGGGACUGAUGGUCAUGGAAACGUACCCUCAGAUGCCGUUCUUCUGGGCCAUGAACCUGAUUCCAGAUACCUAUGUGAAGAUGUGCCAGUUGUUCAAUGCGCUUUCCGUGGUUACACAUGAUCAACCGUUCCUCAAGAAGGAGGAUGUGCAGAGGGGCCGGCGCUGCAUGGCCGAGUACCCAGGAGAGAGCGGCGAAUGGAACAGAUGCUGGAUAGUUGAUGUGGUGGAGAAUAAAGUCAUCCUGUUCUACGUGGACUCUGGGAACACGGCUUGUGUCCCUGCAGCAGCAGUGAAAGCUCUGAAUGAUGACAAGUUCUGGGCUGUCCCUCCACUGGUUCAACCUUUCGUCCUGCAACAAGGAGUCCUGGGCAAUCAAAAGAUGGAUGGGACAAUCCUGAAGGGAAAUGUGGUUGGAUUUCAUGAGGCAGAGCCCCACAUCCUGAAAUUUUCCAAGUCAGAUGACAGCUGAAAGCAGCACUGAGGGAAGAAACCUACCAAUAUUUCAAAAAUAAAGUUAUGAAUUUAUAAACACAACUGUGCGUAUUGCCCUUCAUGUUCCAGAGCUCUAGGCUGUAGGGGAAGGCAGGGACAAAAACAAUGCUGCGUGAAUGGAUUUUAUGGGAUUUCCAAGCCCUGUGGUCUCUCAAACAAUCACUGGCCACCCUUUAUCUUUCUGUGUACUGGGAAAUUUUGUGUC